UCUCCAUGAACCCAGCGGGUUGCCAUCGGCCACAGCCCCGCCAGCCGCACUAUAGCAUCCUGCCUCCGCAAACCACCCGCUAGCCUGCAAUGAUCAGGCUGCCCUUUCGUCACCACCCUUCAUCGGUGGAGCCCUUUGGCAUCAACUACAACACCGUCGUCCAGCGACAGCAAGACAGCUGGACGACCACAACAACCACCACCACCACAACAACAACUACCACAACUACAUCGUCGUCGGGCCGCCCCUCGCCGCCGGGAUCGUUUCGGCCUCGCAUCGCUGUGGAGAGCCCUGGGUCAGCCGAGGACAGGGUGCUGCAGGAUCGGCGGAUGGCGUCGUUGCUGAAUCUUGAGCGCUCGUGGAACGCCAUCUACGAAAAAUACUCUGUCGAGAUCGAUGACGAUGUCGUCGACCUGCUGAACGAAACGGUUGAGCUGAGGACUGGCAAUCUAUUGCGGACACCCGCCCCGCGCAACAACUACGACAUCAACUCUUUCCUCCACGGCCGGCCCGUCCUUGGAUACGAUGCUGGUGGAUACGAAUCGGACGACCCACUCAGCCCCAGCCCAGUGCAGAUACGAGAGCUUCGUGACGACGAUGGCUAUGGAUACGAUCGUCUCGCCAGCGGCCUGAAAAGCGGAGCAGGCGUCCUGGCACAGCAGCCCAGUCUCGACCUCGACGACGAGCUGGACAACGAGCUCGCCGAUGCCCUCGGUUGGCCAAACAGCCGGCCGGCCUACAGCGAUACUGCGUCCUCGGUGACUUCGUUUCGUGGGCUGGGCAGCGGGCCGAGCCGGCUCCCAGAUUUCUCGCAUAGCCCUGGGCUGCGCCGGUUGAUCCUCCCAACGACUCCGGUCUUUGCCGAGGACGAUGAUGAAGACUUUGACUCUAUCGAGCUCGUUCCCCGCGAUCUCCUUGGCCGACACGCACCGCAAUUUCGAUCCGAGCCCCGGCAACUCCCGUUCUGGCAUCGGGACCAGCCCGACUCUAUGCUGGGCUAUGCCACGCCUCUGCCGGAUCCCAGGCCACUAUCGGUUGGAUAUGCCAGAAAUCGAUCGGCUCCGACCGGAAACGAACGCAGCCGUUGGUGGCCACCAUACCCGGAUCCACCCUCGACGGCUCGACGGCCGCCGUUGCUCCUCGAAGGACCGAAACCCCCUCGCGGCCUGGAAGCGACAGGGCCGCAUCGAAGCACACCGAUAGCAAGCGACAGAAUGGAGAUGAAUCCCGAGAUCCACCAACGGCGGCUUCUCGGGCUGCAGCGUGACGGCAAGACCGAUUUCACGAGCAGUCACAGCAGCCAUGACAAUGAUGGCGGCAGUAGUAGCAGUCUGAGCAGUGACAGCGACAGCAGUUUUGACACUGACAGCAACGGCAGUCUUGACGACGACAGCAACGAUCGGAAUGGCCGUAGCGACAAAGGCACUUCCAGCGGGGAGCCCGUCAAGCAAUCAUCCCUGUCAACGCCAAUGUCGGGGUCGAGGGAACAGCCGCAAGCCGGGACAGUGUCCGGGUCUGUCCUGCCAAGGUACGGAGCGAGCAAGCUCGGCAAGCGAAAGAUGGACGAUCUGCGGUCUGUGAGCUCGAGCUCCAGACGAAGGAAAGAGCCGGAUUCCAGCGGAGCCCCUGCAGCAGCCCUUGCAAGGCUGAAACCGCAAUCUGGCCGAAUACGCAAAAAGCCCUCGCUGUCUCGCCCGGCAGCAGCAUCCAUGGUCCGGCCAGACAAGCCUAUCGUCGAGCCAGCAGCGUCUUCGAAACCCAGCUCCGGAGGGAAAACAAAGUCCUCGACAUCAACGGCGGCUCAAUCAUCCAGUCCGACGAGGCUUGCCAAGUCCACGGAACCGAGCGUCCUCGGUCGUCCAUCCCGCAUGCGACCACACGCAGAAACGGUGCCUGCUCUCAUGGACGCUUCGUCGCUGUCGCCGCCAUCGCCGCUGUCAUUGCGAUCCAUGGGUCGAUCCUCAUCGCCCUCUCCAGCAGCGUUGUCGAUCAGCAAGAGGCCGCUGGCAGAUGCACGACCUCGAGCAAAUGCCGCACCCGCAGUCCCUGCCAAUGCAUCCCGAUUCUGCGACAUUGAUGAACUCGAUUUGCGGGUCGAUAGCAUCCCCGCUGCACAGACCAGCCAUGGGGCUGUCUAUCGACGAAAGUCGGCAAAGCCAGGCGCACGACCCAAGUCCACCACGACGAUUGCGCUGACGCCGAAUCGCGGACAAACCAAGAUCUUCAAGGUGGUGCUCGAUGACGAUGCCUUUGACGAUUUGUUGUUGGCCGAAUAGCAUCCUCCCCCGUUGUUGAGUAUGUGCACGGCUGUUUCUGGAACCUGAAUACACACGCAUGUUUAUCCAGUGCA